AUGCCUCGUGCUCCAGUCGUAAAUCAUCGCCCUUUUCCGGAGCUCGCUCGCUCGCUCGCUCGCUGGCUCGCGCCUCCUGAACGAGCGGGUUGCUGAUGUCACAGAGCUGAGGACGGAGCGAUGAUGGCGACCGUCGGACCGAGUGUUUCACAGUCAGCCUGAGAGAGUCGGAACCGAGCCGUACGAUGGAGGGACAUGCUUUUCCAGACCAGCAGCAGCUCCUGCAGUUUCUCAGGAGGCUCAAGGAGGUUUUCGACGUGUGUGACGAGGAUGCUGACGGCUUCAUCCGGGUGGAGCACUUGGUGGACCUCGGUCUUCAGUUCGGUCAAGGAGACGAGGUGAAGAAGUUGACCAGGUACCUGGAUCCUAACGCUCAUGGGAAGAUCAACUUCAAAGACUUUUGUCACGGAGUGUUCGCAAUCAAAGGUUGUGAGGAGAUCCUGAAGAUGGCUGUGGGUCCUCGCAGUGUUACCUCCAACCAGCCGUCUGUCACUGACAACGGUUACAUUUACCAGAACGGCGAGGCCAAGCUGGGCCCUCCUAUUAUCAUGUGCACACGCUCCUACCCAGAAUGCAGUGCGUAUGGUGAGGGCUGUGGUGCAGACGGGGAGUGUGACAUGGACAGCAGCGGUGAAAACGGCAACAGCUCUGACUCUCUGGACCCAACACGACAAGACGGCCGCCUGAUUGGCUCCGCGUCUGCAUCCGUCAUCUCCGGGGAGGAGCAGUUUGAGGACUACGGUGAGGGGGAGGAUGUUGAUUUUACUCCCAGCAGUCCUUGCCCCGAAGAUGACACCAGAACAAAUGGCUUCUCAGACCUGGGCUCCUCCCUCCCCUCCAGUGCCGGGCAGACUCCUCAGAAGAUGCGGCAGCUGUACAACAGUGAGCUGCUGGACAUCUACUGUUCUCAGUGCUGCAAGAAAGUCAAUCUGCUCAAUGACCUGGAGGCUCGACUACGAAACCUCAAGGCCAAUAGCCCCAACAGAAAGAUUUCCAGCACGGCGUUUGGACGUCAGCUGUUCCAGGCCAACCACAGCGUGUUCGGGUCCAGUCAGGGCAGCAGCACAGAGGACCUGUUCACGGACAGCAUCGACUCCUGCGACCUCGACAUCACAGAGAAAGUCAGUUAUCUGGAGAAGAAGGUGACAGAGUUGGAAAGUGACAGUCUGGCCAACGGUGACCUCAAGUCUAAACUCAAACAGGAGAACACACAACUUGUGCACAGGGUGCAUGAGCUGGAGGAGCAGGUGAAGGAUGCGGAGGCGAGGGCAGAUCAGAAUCUGGAGGACGAGACCAAAAGGCACCGGGAGGCUUACAGCAAGAUGGAGAGGGACAGAAACCUCGAGAUAGACCUGCUCUGUAGCAGGGUGCAGCAGUUAGAAGAAGAGAACGGAGAGAUGAAGUUAAAUGUGUGCAGACUCAAGUCUCAGACUGAGAAACUGGACCAGGAGAAGCAGAGGAUGACAGACAAGCUGGAGGACACCAGUCUGAGGCUGAAGGAUGAGAUGGACCUCUACAGGAAGAUAAUGGACAAGCUGUGGCAAAACCGCCACGAGUUUCAGAAGGAAAAGGAGGCCAUGCAGGAGCUGAUCGAUGAUCUCCGCCGCGAGCUGGAGUAUCUGCAGUGUUUUAAGCUGGAGAUGGAGCAUCCAGGAAAGGGCAAGGGGCUGUCUGAGUACAACGCCAGGACCAGAGAGAUCGAAAUGGAGCACGAAGUCAAGAGGCUGAAACAGGAGAACCACAAGCUGCGGGAUCAGAACGACGACUUGAACGCUCAGAUUCUCAGUCUGAGUCUGUACGAGGCUAAGAACCUGUUCGCCUGUCAGACCAAGGCUCAGUGCCUGGCAGCUGAGAUUGACAACGCAUCCAGGGAUGAGCUUGUCGACGCUUUGAAGGAGCAGGAGGAGAUCAACCUGCGUCUGAGGCAGUACAUGGACAAAAUCAUUCUGGCCAUCCUCGACCAUAACCCCUCCAUCCUGGAGAUCAAGAGUUAAACGCCACGCACACGCACAUCCUUGUAACACUGUAGUUGUGGAGAUCUUCCAUUACCUGACUUUUAGCUUGUACCUUAAAGUUACAAUCCAUAAGAUUUCAGUCCUGGUUGUUUUGGCUCAGAAUUCUGGGGCCAUUGAGCAGUUAUAAAUGUCAGAAAUACAACUGAAGAGCAGCCGGUAGGUCAGUAAUCUGCCCUUUUCAACGUGCUAAGAGCAGCUGUCAUCAAGUAGGUCCUCCUUGUAAUAUUUAAAACUGAUUUGGCGUCAGCAAAUUAUCACGUCUGGUUUCACAGAGGAAUCUUUCAUAAUCAAAAUUGGCGCUUACCCACAUUUCCAUCUAAACACUGAACGCAGCUCUGUGUUUUCCCAGCUGAAGCUGAAUUUGAGCAUUAGCACUAACCCAAUCCAGCUGUGAUUUUGCAUCAGAUUGAGAGAUUACAAACUCUGGAUUACAUGCUGCAUCACUACCUGACAAUCCCUCAUGCAUGUGAAGGCAAUUUGAAUUCAGCACUGGAAUGGCGGACCCUGCCACAAAAAAAAAAAACAUAUAUAGAGAGGCCAUAACAGAAUUUAAAUUCAUUGAUUAACUGUUGCUGAAAAACCAUAAAUAUAAUUGAAUAACAGUGUUUGAUUCUAUGUAAAUCUUAAGGAUUAUAACUUUAAACAAAAUUCUGAAUGUCCUAAAUGUCGUCACUACUUAUGACUGUUGCUCACAAAUGUAGUUACUCGGGUGCGCGCGCACGUGCACACACACACACACACACACACACACACACGAGACACGUGUAUUUACCAUCACAGCAGACGAUCUUCAUAACCACUAGAACCAAACAUUUGUAAUUGGGCAAUCUGUGAAUCUCUGUGGAAUUAUUGUGUCAUGAUUAAUUAAUUCAGCUGUUAUAUAACUGUAUAGAUAAAACUCCUAAAAUGUGGGGACUGGAGAAGAUUUGAGAAUACAAAUAUUUUGGCUUCACUUUAUUUCUCAUAGACACAGUAUAGAACAGCACAGAGAUAUAACAUGGCUGUCACUUAUUGGGGUUGGAGUGUUGGUUAUAAAACAGUUAGUGAUUAAAGGACCAUACCAGUGUUUUUCAUGUUUUCCAUAAACCAUUUUCCAAAGAUGUGUUCUUACCAUCUUCCAGGCAGCCCUUAAUUUUCUUUAGAGUUCAUUAUUCAUGUCCCCAAAAAAAUUUUUUUUGUUGUUAAAGUCACAGUAUUGUGUGGCAAUGCUGAGCAGAUGUUUAAAACAUCUGACAUUAAAGGUGAUUUUCACACUGUAUGGAAAUGAAUGGAAGCACUAAGAGAAGGAGGAACACUUAAAGGACAUUUUUUGGAAUUACACUUGACUCGGUCUCAUGACUGUGUUAAGUACAGUGCUUGAGUUAGGACAAGGUUGGCUUAGCAUAAGGAUUUAAAGCAAGGGGAAACAGCUAGCUCGACUCUGUAUAAAGCACAUUAAUGAAGCUGUUUUAUCCAGUUUUUGUGCACAAACAGAAAUGCAAAACAUGAAGCAGUAGUUUUAGAUGGAGUUGCAAUUAUUAAGUUCUUCUACAAAAGGUUUUUCCCUACACCCAGUGCUUCUGAGCUGGUUACAGCAUGCAUAAACACUGACAUGGUCCUUUUAGGUGACACACUCACACAAAUUUUUAACCCUUAAAUUUGACCGUCUCAGCACAGCUGAAUAUCUACACAUGAUCAAUACACGCUGAAUGCUACAACAAAUACAUUUUUAGUGGUUGUUAAACUGUUAAUGUCAGUGGCAAACUCAUUGAGCCUAUAAGGGACAAUUAACUGCUGCAGGAUGUGUUUCUGAAGACAACUCCUGUUCAAGGUAUUUAAAGGUGCCAAGAGCUGAUGUUAUGUGCCAAAUCUGAGCAUUUCACUGUUUACAUGUGAUAGUUGAAGGUCGUCAUACUCAUCCUUCACACAAAUAGCUGAAGAGCUGGAAAUGUUGACUGUAAGUGUAAAGUUUACCGUCUACGUGUCAGCACUUUCUCGGCCGUAUAGGAAAUUAUGAUCACUAGCAGUGCCAUGAAGCAAUGAUAUACACUGAUCUGACAGUUUGAGUCAUGUUGUGCCAUCAAACAUAGGGAACAAAGGCAGUGAGGAAGACUGUAAACCUGCAAACAUGGAGGUAAACAAAGCAGGACUUAAAACAUGAAAAAUGCACUCGACACAUUUUGUUAGACCGGAUGGAUCCGGUUCUGCCUUCAGUGUCUUUGGAAACAUUCUACAUGUGUUGUAAAUGAGUCUCACUUUAAAUCAUUUAACCUGAAUAUUUAACCUAGUAUUAUUUCACACAUACCACAGUGUGACCAAGAUAUGAACACACCAAAAGGUACUCACAGGUGUGUCACAGUGAGGAGCUGCUAUAGUGAGCACUAUAUUUAGUUAGAACUGAAAGUUUUGCUUCAUUGCACAAAUUGUUCACUUGAUUUUUAUUUUCAGUUUAUUUGCUUGUUCGUUCACGUUUUGUGCUUUUGCAUACGAGGUAUAAAAAGAAAUGAUUUAAGCAGUCCAUUGUCGCCAUUGUAAGUGAUUUUUUUCUUUUAUUUUUUAUACUGACCAUGUUUACUUUACAACACAGUAUUGUGAUUUCACACAUUGUAAAUGUUGUACAGAAUCUAGUUACUAUUCAUGUGCAAGUCAUUCUGCUUAUUACAACAGUCUGUUUGACAGUUUUCACACAAAAUACGAAAAUCUGUGUUGUAGAUUAUGAUAUGAACUCAAUAAUAUAUAGCACACUUCAAAGUGUCAUAGCCAAAGUAUUUACCUGGAAUAAUACUAUUUAACAAAAAGACAAAACAUUAGAGUUUGUCACAACUCACGUGUCCACUUUGAUUUCUUUUACUUGUGUACUGCACAUGGAAUUAUGGGUGACCAUGUUAAACUAGAUGUGUAAAUAAAAUACAUUCGCUUUGGCAUGACAAA